AUGACGGACGAGAUGUUCGAGCUGGAACGUCUCAAACGAGAGUUUGACGACCACAAGGCACACUACGUUGAUCCCAAUUGCGAUAUUCAGUCGUUUAGAUCGUUUGAGAGAGAAAUGGACCAGAAUUUCGAGCGGUUUGUUAGAGGACGUCACAACGGUUCGUUGAUGGAAAGGGAUAGCGAGUUACUGAGCCAGCGAGCAGACGCUUCUUUACAGCGUGUUGUAGGACAACUUCGGGGAUCAAACUACGAGAUUACCAAGGAACGAUUUCUUGACGCUAUCGUAUCACUAGGCAAUGACCACAACCUCGACAGACCAGCGCUAUUGUGCAAGCUAGGCCGCGUUGUUGUUCGCAAUAGCAACCAGGUUUUUGGAUGGAUUUAUGAUCCAAUUACAACCCCACCAGAUGUACCAGCUACCAGAGCCCCUCGCAGACGUCACCAGAGACCAAUUGGAGACACGGCUGCACCAGAGCUUGUGGAGCGAUCUGAUGAUGCUGAGGACCCAGUCAAGCAGCUGGUCGAAAGCAUGUUUGUACGAAUUGUGGACUAUGAAGAAGCAGGUGGACCACCUCUAGAUAUUUUCAGGGUUGUUUUGAACGCACAACAUUUUGGACAAACCGUUGAGAAUGUCUACGCUUUGAGCACUCUGGUUUCAGCGCUUAAAGUUACUAUAUACAACGAUGGCGAAGAGAACAUUCCGCAUGUGCGAACCGCACAAAGACUUAAAGAAUCAAAGCCCCGACAGCAGUUUGUCUUCACCCUAAAUUAUUCUCAAUGGCAGCAGCUCUGCGCAAGAUACCCCGCCGAUGCAUUCAUGCCGUCUCGCUUGGAAACGAGCUGA